AUGAAUGAAGAUGCUAACCUUAUAUUUGCUUAAUUACCAAGUGAAAAGUAAAAUUAGAUAUAAUAGUUGAUUAAUAUUGUAUCUAAUAAUAUUGAUGAAAAGAGAUUUUUUUAAAAUAGAUAAGAUAAAUUGCUUAACUUGAUUGUUAAUUUAUUUGCUGGAGGUAUUUCAUCAUUAGAAAUAUUCUUGCGUUUCUCUCAGAGAGAUUUGCUUGAUAAAGGGUUUACUUUAAGAGAAUCAUAUAUUUUAAUACGAGAACUCAGUGGAUAAUAUAACUAGGAUAUUCGUAGACCAAAUAAUAGAGAAAUAGAAGAUUUAAUAUAUGAUUAAGAAAUAAAAUAGCUUGCUUUAUUUAAAAUGCCAUUGAUAUAAUCAAUAGAUCUAAUAAACUAGAAAAAUAAAUAUAUUUUAAUUUUAGGACCUUAAAAAACUGGUAAAACUUCCUUUCUUUUUAAUCUUAUUAAUAUAUACUAUGAUGUUGAUGUUGAUAGCUUAUAUAGGGUAAAAAAGAAAAUUCAAAAAAAAAAUAAUUUAUUUUAUGAUGAAUAUUUGAUUGAAAUGACAUAAUAGGAGAAUUUGAUAUUCGUUGAUUUUAUAGGAAUGGGAGAUUUAGAAAAAGAUUUAUUUGGACAUUCUUAAAAUAAUUAUUUUUAAGUAUUAUUAGAAUACGUGUAAAAUAAAUAAAUUUUAGCUGCAUUUUUUGUCAAUUCAGCUUCAAUCAAUAGAUUAGGAUAAGAAGAAAUUUAUAGUAUUCAAAGAUUUUUUGAAUUAUUCCAUCAAACUUUUUCUUAGAAGAUAUUCUUAAUUCUAACUUAUUGUACAGAUAAUAAUCCUCUUCUUAGUAUUUAUUCACAUAAUUAUUCCCCUACUCCUUAUAUUUUGAAAAAUAAAAUAAAUGUAUAUCAAAGCUAACUUGAAUAAAAUUAAAUACCAAAUGAUGAAUUAAAGUUUUGGUUUGGUAUUAAUAAUAAUUACUUAUAUUUUCCUGCUAUUGAUUUAGAUAAUGAGUCAGAAUAAAUAUUAAUCAAUUAUCAUAAUAUUGAAUAUUAAGAUUUCAAAAAAAAUAGUUAAUCUAUUGAAAUAGGAAGCGAGAUCUCAUAAGAUAUAGAAUAGGAUAACUUUAAUAUUUAACAAAAUGAAAUUCAAGUGACUUAAAGAUAAAUUUUAUAAUUUUAUUAUGAAAUUAUGAGAAAAGAAUUGCUAAAGAUUAAAUUUAAAAUCAAUAAUAUUUUUUAUUCUUAAAAUUUAGAACUAAUUUAAUAAAAUAACUAUUUUAAAGCUUUAUUAUAAAUAGAAAAAUAAAUAAUUGAAUUAGGCACUCAACCAUAAAUUAAUAGAUUCUAAUUACCAAAUAAAAAUCUAUUAAUAACUACAAACUAUAUAGUAUCAGAAAAUAAAUAUGAAAAAAAAUAUUUAAAAGCCACUAAAGGAAAAAGAAUAUUGUUUUGUACUGAUUGCUAAAAAAUUUGUCAUUAUGAUUGUGAACUAGAAAACAAGUCUGAUUUAACUGAAGCUAAAAAAAUGUGUUAGAAUAUUCUAAUUAAUUAUAAAUUUUUAAGUUAAAUGAAAAAUCCUACUAGAAUUCUAAGUGAAUAAAAUUUAGACAUAUUAUAUUAUUGUAAGAUUUGCUCAUAAAGAGAUACAGUAGAUAAAAAAAAUAAUAGUAGUGGACUAACAUGUUCAAUAUCAAAACAUAUUUUAAUUAAUGAAGUUGCUUUUGAUGUAAAUAAUGAUAUUUAUUACAUAAGUAACUAAUAAGUUUAAAAAACCUUUAAAAAAGAGUAUGAUCAUCUUAAGAAUAUGAAGCACCUUUAUGCAUUGCAUUAAACUCUAAAUUUGAGACUUUAAAUAGAAUUUUAAAAACAAAUUAAAUCCAUUAAUAAUUAAGUAAAAGAAAUCAAUGAAUCUAAAGAAGGAUUGGUUCCUAUUAAAUUAUAAGUGAGAAAAGAUCUUUUAGAAAAAACAAUAAAAGCAGGAAUUGAAAUUUAAAGCCGUAAUAGUAAUGGAAUAUAAAAUGUAUAUAAUAAGCUUAAUCAAUCUUCCUAAUAAUAAAUAAUUAGAGGUAAUAAUAAAAUUCUAUUUUAACUUUAUAAAAUAGCCUAAAAAGAAAUAGAAGAUUGA